AUGAAAAGGGAAUUUGAGAUGAGUAUGGUGGGAGAGUUAAACUAUUUCUUAGGGCUACAAGUGAAACAACGGAAAGAUGGGAUAUUCAUUUCUCAAGAGAAGUAUGCCAAAAAUAUUGUCAAAAGAUUUGGUCUAGACUCUAAGAAACAUACUUCCACUCCCAUGAGUUCCUUGGAAAAAUUGAGUCUUGACGUAGCAGGUGCGGAUGUAGACCCAACACUAUAUCGAAGCAUGAUUGGCAGUCUUCUCUAUCUCACUACAAGUAGACUGGACAUCGCGUUUAGUGUGGGGGUAUGUGCACGAUUUCAGGCAGCUCCGAAAGAGUCCCAAUUGACCACAAUCAAGCGAAUCAUUCGCUACAUUAAUGACAUAUCUGAUUAUGGAAUUUGGUAUUUAAAGGACUCAAAUGAGUGCUUGGCUGAAUAUUCAGAUGUUGACUGGGCCAGGUGCAUUGAUGAUAGGAAAAGCACUUCAGGUGGUUGUUUCUAUCUUGGAAAUAACUUGCUCUCAUGGAUGAGCAAAAAGCAAAAUUUAGUCUCUCUUUCAACGAUGUCUCCUACCAAACAUUCAGCUUCCAAGAAACCGACCUCAAAGCGUGCACGCAUAGAUUCUAACAACUUCAAGUCUAUGGAGGUAGACUUGAAGUACAAUGACUGCUACAAAAGAACAACCAUUAUCAUGGAAAGGGUUGUGAAGUUAGACACCCUUGAGGACACUUGCAUACUUGCAGUGGUCAGGGAACGAACAUGGACAAAACUGCUGAAUCCAGUUGGAGUAGUGUAUUCGGAAAUUAUCAGAGUUUUUCUCCAAUGCUAG